AAGUACGUAAAGACUGUGUGAAUAAUAUUUAUGUUGUAAAAGAAAAUGCCACCUAAACAGGCGAAAAAAACAUUAUGGGUUGAAUGCGAAAGGUGUCACUGCAAUAUUUUGACUAAUGAUAAAAAUAUUCACAUCGAGUUAAAUUGCGGCAAAGAUCAAGUUAAAUGUCCGUUUGUCGAAGGAGAAACGUUGUUUACUUGGCUAGAAAGAGCUAGUACUCCUCCAGAGAAUGUUCCCAAAGAUACUGUUUUUAUACAUCCCUCAGCUGGGACUCUGAUAGGGGCAGUUAUUGGUAAACCUUUGGCAUUGAAAAGAGAUGGUGCCCCCACUCUUGUAAAGAGAAUGUGGCCCUCGAAAGCUUCUGCGCCCGCUGCUGUUAUAUUACCUGCUGCAGAUCUCACUGGAGCAUGGUGUAGUGACAGCAAAAAAGUUAUAGUAUCAGUUCUUAAAGAAACUGUUGCACAAGCCUCAUGUGUUUCAAUAAGAAUAAAAAACCAUAAAAUAGAUACAGACAUAAGUGACAUAUUAAAAGAAAGAUUUAACAAUCAUUAUGUUAGUGUAGGCACAAUAUUAGUGUAUUAUUAUUUUGGUAAAAAGUUACUAAUUGAAUUUGUAAACAUUAAAUCAGUAAGCGAAGAUGCAAAUACCACAUGGUAUCUAUUGAAUGAUAAUACUGCUUGGAACAUAGAGCAGAAUAAUGUUCAAAGUGUAAAAAAGAAACCUCCAAUCUUAGGGGGUGUGGAUGAUAUUAUUGAUGAAAUAAAAACUCUCAUUGGAAUUUCUUUUAUUCCCACUAAAUUUACAGCCAGCUUCCAAGCAACCAGAGGUCUUUUACUCUAUGGUCACUCUGGAAUUGGAAAAACAGCUAUAUGUAAAUAUCUAAUAGACAAUCUUAAUUGCCACCACAUUGAAAUAAACGGGCCGACAAUAUUUAGCAAAUAUUUCGGUGAAACAGAAGCAACAAUGAAAGAUUUGUUUGCAAAAGCUGUGAGCAACGAACCAUGCAUUAUUAUGGUCGAUGAGAUUGAAACUAUUUGUCCGAGACGUUCUUCGGGUAGCACGGAACAAGAGAGACGCGUCACAUCAGCCUUCGUUUCCUUACUAGAUAACCUACACCAAGAGACCAGCAAAGUAUUCAUAUUAGCAACCACGAGAAAGCCGGAAGCGAUAGAUCCUAUGCUACGAAGGUUUGGUAGGUUGGAUAAAGAAAUAGAAGUACCGAUUCCUGAUAAAAUAAGGCGAAAGGAAAUUUUAUAUGCAUUGCUCAAAAACCUCCCUAAUAAGAUUCCCUCACAUGACAUAGCCGCAAUAUCUGAUUUGGCUCAUGGCUACGUGGCUGCUGAUUUAGUUAAUUUAUGUACACAGGCUUCGAUGAAAUGUAUAAAGAGAUCUGCCGAUAUUUUAGAGAAAGAAGACUUAGUAAGCGCCUUAACUAUUGUAAGACCUAGUGCAAUGAGAGAAUUGCUAAUAGAAGUCCCAAAUGUGAGAUGGACGGAUAUCGGAGGACAAGACGAUUUGAAGUUGAAAUUGCGCCAAGCAGUGGAAUGGCCAUUGAAACAUGCAGACAGUUUUCUAAGGUUAGGUAUUCGGCCACCGUCAGGCGUUUUAUUAUAUGGACCCCCCGGGUGUUCCAAGACUAUGAUAGCGAAAGCAUUGGCGACAGAAAGCGGACUGAACUUCUUGUCUAUUAAAGGACCCGAAUUGUUUUCAAAAUGGCUAGGGGAGUCCGAACGCGCAGUGAGAGAUCUGUUUACGAAAGCACGUCAAGUCGCACCUUCGGUUAUAUUCUUUGACGAAAUGGAUGCCAUCGGUGGGGAAAGGGGAGAUAAGGAGGGUGUACACGAAAGGGUUUUGGCACAACUUUUAACGGAAUUAGAUGGCGUGGUACCCCUAAACUCGGUCACUAUUUUAGCAGCUACUAAUCGUCCCGACAGAAUGGAUCGGGCGUUACUUCGUCCUGGACGAUUGGAUAGAUUGAUAUAUGUUCCAUUACCGGAUUUCGAAACUAGGCUUCAAAUAAUUGAAUUAAAGCUAUUCAAAAUGAGUACAAGUGACGAUGUUAAUCCGCAUAACUUAGCAACAAGGACGGCUGGAUUUUCAGGGGCUGAACUGCUAGCGUUAUGUCACGAAGCAGCUCUUCUAGCUUUGGAAAAAGAUCUGGCUUGCCCAGAAGUGGCAAUGGAACAUUUCGAACAUGUCUUAAAGCACUUCAGGCCAAGAACGUCUUCUUCAUUAUUAAAAAUUUACGAAGAAUUUUCUUUAGGGCAAAGAUUUUGAUAAGAUUAUUCUUAUUGUUUUUAAAUUUUAUCAAAUUUGAUAACAGAUUUUUUAUUGUAUUAUAAACUCAAAUAUGUACUGUAACUAUUUAAUCGUGUAAGAAAACCUUAUAUACUAAUUUUGUAUAUAAAUUAAUAAAAUUAAUCUAGUCCUUA